GCCUGCCGCAAUGCGGGUAGGAAGUAAAAUACUGUAGUGCUGAGGAUUCCUGUAGCACCAGAAGAUGAAUGAGAGCUUCAUACGACCAUGCCGGAGCAGAGUAACGAUUACCGCGUGGUGGUGUUCGGAGCCGGCGGAGUUGGGAAAAGCUCGCUGGUGCUGCGGUUUGUGAAGGGAACGUUCCGGGACACGUACAUCCCCACGGUGGAGGACACGUACCGGCAGGUGAUCAGCUGUGAUAAGAGCGUGUGCACACUGCAGAUUACCGACACCACCGGCAGCCACCAGUUUCCCGCCAUGCAGCGCCUGUCCAUCUCCAAAGGCCACGCCUUCAUCCUGGUCUACUCCAUCACCAGCAGGCAGUCUCUGGAGGAGCUCAAGCCCAUCUACCAGCAGGUGCUGGCCAUUAAGGGCAGUGUGGAGGGCAUCCCGGUCAUGUUGGUGGGCAACAAGAGCGAUGAGACUCAGAGGGAGGUCCAGACAGAGGACGGCGAGGCUCAAGCCCAGGCGUGGAAAUGCGCCUUCAUGGAAACGUCGGCCAAAACCAACCACAACGUCACUGAGCUCUUCCAGGAGCUGCUCAACCUGGAGAAGAAACGCUGCAUGAGCCUCAACAUCGACGGCAAACGCUCAAACAAACAGAAACGCACUGACAAACUGAAGGGGAAGUGCAGCGUCAUGUAGAGACGGAACGGCAGACACAACAAACCCCAGAGUGGUCAGAUUCGAGCCACUUUCAAAUCCUGGGACAGAUGUCUGAUACGUUGCCAUGCCGACUGUGACAAAACUGAUCAGAUCAGAAUUGAGCUUUUCGUGCUCCGCCUACAAAUGUGUUCUUCUGUAGCUUUACAGAACAAAGAAUUCGGCCCAAAGAGAAACUGUGGAACGCAGUGCUU